CCCGGCCUCGCCGCGAUGUCGGGGCAGUCGAUCACCGACCGCAUCACGGCGGCGCAGCACAGCGUCACCGGCUCGGCCGUGGCCAAAGCCGUCUGCAAGGCCACGACCCACGAGGUGAUGGGCCCCAAGAAGAAGCACCUGGACUAUCUCAUACAGUGCACAAAUGAAAUGAAUGUGAAUAUUCCACAGCUGGCAGACACGCUCUUUGAGAGAACUGCAAACAGUAGCUGGGUUGUAGUGUUCAAAGCUCUAAUUACAACACACCACCUCAUGAUGUAUGGAAAUGAGCGCUUUAUCCAGUAUCUUGCAUCUCGAAACACAUUGUUCAAUUUAAACAACUACCUGGACAAAAGUGCCAUGCAGGGCUAUGAUAUGUCUACCUUCAUUAGGCGGUAUAGCAGAUACUUGAAUGAAAAAGCACUUUCAUACAGACUUGUAGCAGUUGACUUCACCAAAAUGAAAAGAGGGAUAGAUGGAGUAAUGAGAACCAUGAAUGCUGAAAAGCUCCUAAAAACUCUUCCAAUCAUACAGAACCAGCAUGAUGCACUCCUUGAUUUUGAUGCAAAUCCAAAUGAACUAACAAAUGGUGUCAUUAAUGCUGCCUUUAUGCUCCUCUUCAAAGAUUCCAUUAGACUUUUUGCAGCAUACAAUGAGGGGAUUAUUAAUCUUUUAGAAAAAUAUUUUGAUAUGAAGAAGAACCAGUGUAAAGAAGGCUUGGAUAUGUACAAGAAAUUCCUAUCCAGAAUGACUAAAUUGUCAGAAUUCCUCAAAGUAGCAGAGCAAGUUGGAAUCGAUCAGGGGGACAUUCCAGAUCUUACUCAGGUCAGUGCACCCAGCAGCUUGCUUGAAGCACUGGAGCAGCAUUUGGCUUCUCUGGAGGGAAAGAAAACAAAAGAAGUCUCUGCUGCCAGCAGGGCUAGUGCUCUGUCCUGUGCUGUUUCCACGCUUGCCAACACUGGGAUGUCAUUGAGCAGGAUGGAUGAGAAAGAGAAGCAGCAGGCGUUGGAGGAGGAACAAGCUAGACUGCAAGCUCUUAAGGAGCAGCGAUUAAGAGAGAUUUCUGUAGUAUCAAAUUCUACUUCCACAUCAGCAUCCCCAAGCACCUUAUCAGGAAAAAGUGUGAAUACCACUGCAGCUGUUGACCUCUUUUCAGUAUCGGCACCCACAACAAAUAGCAUGCCCAACCUUUCCAGUGAUCUUUUUGAUCUUCAGCCUGUGUUUGUUCCAACUGUACAGGGUACUGCAGCUACAGCAACGUCAGCAGGCAGUGCUUGGGGAGAUGACUUCAGUGGCCGUAAACCUACCUAUACCUCUGUGUAUCAUCCUCUGUCUGUUGAUGGUUUUCCUCUUCAUUCAGCUCCUCCAAGUGCCACCCCUUCAGCAAUCAAUGUGGACUUUGAUGCUGUUUUUGGAGGAAAAUCUACAGCACCGCAGUACAGGACUGCAAGUGCUAUUAAAUAUCUAGAUGAUGUUUUGCAACCCACAGUACCACCGCCAAGUCAAAGAGCCACCUCAGCCAACCAGCCAAGUGGAAAAAUCCUGGCAAAUGACCUUGAUUCUUCUCUCGCUAAUCUAGUGGGAAGUCUUGGCUUUGGAGGAACUCCAUCCAAAAAGUCUGAUAUGCAGUGGACUCAGCCUGCAGAGAAAAAACUUACUGGUGGAACAAACUGGCAAGCAAAAACGAGCACAUCGACCACAUGGAACCCUACUCCCUUACCCACGCUGCCACAUAUGGUGCCUGCUCCAGUUGCAUACCAAGUGACUACGCCUCAAGUGCCUGUCUAUGGAAUGCAGGUCCCUCCUCAGAUGGGAGCUGCUCCUUUGAUGGCACCCCAGUCAGUGAUAUAUACGCAGCCCGGUCUAAGGCCGACAAAUCCUUUUGCACCUGUUUCUGGAACACAGAUACAGUUCAUGUAGAGCCACCAAAGCUGCAAGAUGUGAGAAGAACCAAAUACUGGUAAAACGAAAGAAGGAAAUCUUUCUGUGAUUUCUGGAUUCCUGAACAGGGUGACUGUUUCUCCCCUGUGCGACAUAAUGGUGUUUUGAAUUGCCGUGCUUUAGGGAUUCUUGUUUAUAACAGUCACUGCUGUGUGAAAUGGUCUUGGUCACCAAUUUCAAGAUUGCUUGGCAGGAAACUGUGUUCUCAGAGGCUGAAGGUUGACUUGGAAGGCACAAACUGGAUUCUUCUCUUCAGAGCUGAGAGGGUUACACGAUUGCUUUGCAACCUGGUUCUUCAGUGAAUUGUGUUAAGAAAUGAAUGGAAAACGUUAACUCUUUAUUCUCUCUGUAAAUGAGGUGGCUGUUGUAACCAAGACACAACUCAAAGCUGAGCAAUAGCUUUUUUGUACACUUAAAGAAAUACUCUGAUAGAGUAAUAUUUGUGUUAUCCUAAUGCCAAUGUUGUGUGAAAUCAGACAGCUCUGACAUCAGAAUAGCUGAGGGUAAUCUACAGCCUUUAUAAUGUGAGUUUUAAAUGCUGUGAAUCAACAAGAUCUCUACAUAUUCAGAAACGCAGGGAGUCAAGUAAGUGAUUGCACCACUGGGAUGGCAGUGUUACACAGCUGGUUGAAAUCACGGCUAGUUGAAAGAGCCUGGCUCUGGCAAGGGCUGCCGUAGGGUAGGGGAUACAAGUGUGUCACAACAGCACGGACAGCCUCCAACGGGUGACAGCAGGCGCACUUUCAUUGAGUGUCUUCUCCACAAAGGGCAUCUUUCACAGCUGAAGGGAGAGUAGAUCCUGUUACAGUGAACGUAGAUCCCCCAAGCAGCAGCAAACGAGAGCAGCUCAGAGCUCUGGUUGCUAGCUACAGAAGAGGUAAGCUAUCCAAUUUGAAAGGGUGCUGGGAGAAGACGUCCACUAAAAAACCCUUCCCUUUGAGCUUACAGACUUUUUAGAAAGCAAGCUUUGCCAUAAUGCUGGUGUUUCAGAACUGGCAGUUUUACAGAAAUAGUCUUGCUCUGGUGAAGUGCUUGUGCUCCUUUUCUGAAACAAGAAUCUACUUGCAACCAGAAUAAAAGGAAUGAUUUUUAAAUAUGUAAA